CUUAUUAUCUCUAAUGGAUGCCAUGGACCACAAAGAUGAGGUGAAAAAUGCAGACAGCAUGCAGCAAGUAAAAGAGAGUACAUAUAUUCAGAUAAAAGUUCUGUUCUUUGCUCGUGCUAGAGACCUUACAGGCUUGGACGAUAUGCCUCUGGAAGUUUUAUCUGGCAGUACCGCCCAAGAUUGCUUAGAUAAGGUUAUUGCCAAGUUUCCGGGAUUGCAAGAGAUACGCAAAUGCAUGGUCCUUGCCUUGAACUUGGAGUACACCCCGGAAUCUACAGUCGUCAAAGAUAGAGAUGAGCUCGCCAUUAUCCCUCCUAUAAGUGGAGGUUAGACAUUCCAAGCCCCCCCUAUAUAUUGUAAAUGUUUGUAAUGAAGGCUCUGGAAGUUACACAUUUUGGUAGCAUCAAUCAUACAGAUUGCUACAAUUAUAAUAAGUGCCAUCUGCAACAAAACUCGACCAUGCAGUUGAUAUGUAUGUUGUUUCUUGACAGUAUAAUAUUUCUCUUUUCCCUAUCUCCAUCUGUAAUAUCGCCAACGUUGAGCUGAUGAAAUCAUAUGAAUUAUUAUUAAUA